AUGGAGUUUACGGUGGAAUACCUAGACCUGAUCUUAGUCCCAGCAGGGCUCUUGAUAAUGUUAAGCUACCAUCUCUACCUUAUCUACCGAGUUCUAAGAUGUCCUGCAACAACAGUAAUCGGCUAUGAGAACCUCAAUAGGAUGGCAUGGGUUGAGAGAAUGAUGCAGGGUAAUCCGAGUAAUACAAGCUUAGCACUAUCUGUGAUAUCAACAAACAUAUCGUUUGCAACCUUCUUGGCUUCUGUGAGCCUUACGCUGAGCUCUCUCAUAGGAGCUUUGGUGGGUAGCUCCUCUAGCAAUCUCUUCAGGAACGUGUUCGUACUUGGAGACAUAAAAUCCAACACAGUUUUCCUCAUGUACAUAAGCAUGCUCUUAGCCUUCAUGCUGGCCUUUGUGGCGUUUGUUCAGUCGGCGAGGUACUUAAUUCAAGCUGAUUUCUUCAUAAGUACGCCGAAUAGCGACGUGCCGGUCGAGUACGUGCAAUCAUCGAUGAUUAGGGCUAACAAUUUCUGGCAGGUUGGGUUGAGGUUGAUCUACUUUGCUAUGGUUUUCAUGUUUUGGAGUUUUGGGGCAAUUCCGAUGUUUGCGUCAUGCGUGGUUAUGGUGUUGUUUCUGUAUUUUUUGGACUCCAAUUCGGUGCCGUUGCAUAAGUAUAAGCUGGACAAGAAGGUGGUGGAGGAUGUGGGAUACCGACCACCGUGGGAAGCUGAGCACCGUGGGAAGCUGGUGGUGGAGGAUGUGGGAUGCCGAGAACCAUGGGAAGCUGAGCACCGCGGGAAGCUGGUGGUGGAGGACUUAGCCGCAACAGUUAGGACAAUAUAG